AUGGGUUCUCUCCGGUGCUUCCACCGGAACGGCUGCCUGCGCUGGCGACGCCUCGGUGCCUCGGUCUUUGAUGCGCAGCAGCGCGGCGCAAGUUGUCGUGAGGUGGCGGAUUACAGUGAGGCCGGAGAUUCGCCUGUGGUCGCCCGUGGACGUAUCGGUGGUGCGGCAGGUGCACCUGAGCGGCGAACAACUAGAGGUAUGCGCGCGGGAGCUAGAGGCUCAGUACGGAGUAUGCAACUAGGAUCCGGAGGCAAGGGUCGUGGAAGGCGAUGGCAGGUCUCGAAGGCGAAGGCCAAGUCAAGCUUCGGGGCUAGAGAUCACUCAGCAUUUCGCAGCAGGCACAGCAGGACGGGGAAUCCUGACCAAUCGCCAGCGACAGAGGUUGUCUUGGGCAGGGCGAAGCGUGUCGGAGAGGCCGGGAGGGGGCAGGGGAGCAGGGACAGAAUAGGCACCUGUUUAAAAGAAUACCACUGUGGCGACUGGGAUUGGUCUAUUAUGCGACGUGUUCCUUUCCGGAACAUAAGGUAUCCAGCUUCUAACUUAUGGUUGCUGCAGAGAGAGAUGAGUCCGAACCCUUCAUGCUACCCCCCUGCACCCGAGGCCGCCGAACAAGCACACGAGGCGUACGACGUACAUGGAGGAGGCAAAAAAACAGAUCAAGCAAGUGCCGCUACCUUCUGCGUUCUAACAGAUAAGUCGGUGAACCCCGUCUCGUCCCUUGACCCGAUUUCUCCUAAAAUAACGCUUCGGGGCUACCAAGAAAGGGAACUGUCGUCAUGCUCAGCAAUCUGGUUGGGACCGCUUGGCACUGCCCCGUUGAGCACGGCCAAUAAUUGCACGUCCCAAUCGUUACGUAGUACGCAACGCCAGAGUCGGAGGACGGGCCUAGACCGUCCGUGCCAUUUGUCAGCUCUUGUCACCCACGAAACUGGUCUCGGCGCAUGGCAGCCAUUGCAGGGAACCAUGUCAUGGCUUUGUCUCAAACGCGCCAACCUCGACGCCAACACCAACGCCAACAACGCCAAAGACGACAAAAACAAGUUUUUAUUUUUUUGGGCAAUAGACGUCCGAGGACUAAUCAAUCGUACCUUCCUACAUGGCGGCGCCUCUGGCACGUGGCUUAAUGUUACAGUAGGUAUGGGCGUGUGUUCGUCCGCGAUUGUCCAAGGGGAGCAGAGUCAGGGAGUGUAA